AUGGCAUUUAGUCGAUACGCACUUGUAAUUGUGCUUCUCAUAUUUAAAGCCCAACAUCAGAUCAGCCCAGAUGAGCCCGGUGUUAUGAAUAAAUACGUUAUCACUCCGCAGUCGUCUUGGGUUCAUGGUGUUCGCAAAAUGAGUGUUGUCUAUAAUGCAUCUGUAAGCUAUGAAAUCAGCUUUGAAUCUGUAGCAAAAGUUGCUCCAAAAAAAUGA